AUGACUAUCCACUUCAUCAGUGGCGAGGACUCCGCGCUUUUCCGCCCCCUAACCAUUUCCAAUGGCGCCCUCACUCUCCGCCACCGUAUCAUUCAUGCCCCCCUCACCCGUAACCGCGGAGUGCCUUUGAACCCUACCAGCACUCCCGAGAAUCCCAAUCGUAUCUGGAUCCCCGGCGAUCUGGUGGUGGACUAUUAUGCGCAGCGCGCCACCGAGGGCGGGUUGAUGAUCUCUGAGGGUAUCCCGCCUUCUCUCGAGAGCAAUGGCAUGCCCGGAGUACCAGGACUUUUCACGCCCGAACAGGCGGCGGGCUGGAAAAGAGUGGUAGAAGGCGUCCACGCUAAGGGGGGCAUCAUUUUCUGUCAGCUAUGGCACGCUGGUCGCGCCACGAUCCCCCAGAUGACCGGAUCGCCAGCCGUGUGCCCCUCGGCAAGCGUGUGGGACUCAGCCACGGAGUGCUAUUCGCAUCCCCCUGUGGGCUCCACUGAGCCCGUCCCGUACGCCAACCACCCGCCGAUCGAGAUGUCGGUUAAGCACAUCAAACAGACGAUUAAAGACUAUUGCGACGCCGCCAAGACCGCUGUGGAAAUUGGUUUCGAUGGUGUUGAGAUUCACGGUGGCAAUGGCUAUCUGCCUGAACAGUUUCUUAGCUCCAACAUCAACAAGCGCACUGACAGCUACGGUGGAUCACCGGCAAAGCGCUGCCAAUUUGUAUUUGAGUUGAUGGCUGAGGUGGCUGCCGCGAUCGGCGAGCAGAACUUGGCCAUUCGGCUCUCGCCUUUUGGUCUAUUUAAUCAAGCUCGUGGAGAACAGAGGCUCGAGACCUGGACUUAUCUGUGCGAAGGUCUGAAGAAGUCUCUUCCGGCUCUGUCGUAUGUCAGUUUCAUAGAACCGCGAUUUGAACAAAUCUUCGGACCUGAGGAGAAAGACAAGUUCCUUGAAAGCUGGGGCCUGCUGGACGUGACGCUCGAUCGAUUCCGGGAGAUUUUCGGGUCCACCCCCUUCUUCUCCGCUGGAGGCUGGGAUGAUAAAAACCCUUGGGGCGUGAUCGAGUCUAACAAGUACGAUGCUCUCCUAUACGGUCGAUACUUCAUCUCCAACCCAGAUCUCGUGCACCGGCUGAAGAACAACCUGCCUCUGACUGACUACGAUCGCUCCCGCUUCUACGGACCAUUCGAAGAUAACGCCUUCCACUAUACUGACUACACCCAUGCUGAGAAGCAAUAG